UCCACUUGCUAGGGGACCUGGUUGUAAAUAGAGCAAAACUACUUGGUCCGGCUCAUCGCAAUUGUCGCUGAUCUCCCACGCACUUUUGACAGGUGACAGCAGUGGCAGUGGUGUUGACAUGGCUAUGGCGUCGGCAUUCCAGAUGCGUGUGUGCAUUGCCUUCAUCAUCACCUGCACACUGCUCCCGGUCGGGGCACAGGACGAUUAUUGGCUUCUCCCAUCGUUGCUUCAUAACGGUGGAGUAUUUACAUACGCGGAGGGCACAGCGCGUAACAGCAUCACCGAAACUUGCUAUGUUGCCAUGACAGCACCAUACAAAAUGUACAGGCUACAAUGGUCCCACGAGACGAACCUCUUGGUGUUCGGCGAGACGCACAACGGCAGCCUGUCCCUACCAUUGACCUGGCCAAGUGGCGGUGCCCUCACACCUGCUGAUAGAGGCAUGUACCGGUGUGCAGUGACCUAUUCCAUUCCACCGGCGUAUACACAGAAUAUCACCAUUCAGGGAUGGCAAACGGUGGAGUUACAUGUGUCGGAGGCUCCACGGAUGUUGCACGUAACCAAGACUCAGACUCAGACGUCUCUCAUAUUGACGUGCUACGCGUAUGGCGAGCACGUUUCCAUAACCUGGGAAAGUCCUGGAGGAUUCUGGUUCAUCAAUCCGCCAGUGCCCACAUCAAGGAGAAAGACGUGGAAAGCCAUUAUCCACGAGUUUUUCGGCUACACGGUGGGGACGUACACGUGUAAAGUGUACAGCAAUGCUCUGUGUAACAUUCCUGGCAACCGCCACAGCGUGCAGCCGUGUUUCCCCACGCUAAUCACUCGGACUGUCACCGUACUGGCAUACGUACCGCCAACUGUGGAUACAUUCUCAGCCUUCAACACCACCAGACUGCUCGGUGAAAACAUCACGCUUCACGUCACUCUGAAACACACACCGUAUCCACUGGCCAAUAUAGAAUGGAUGCACAAUGGAUCUACAAUCAACACAAGCUCAGACAGGAUGCAAUUGUCGAGCAAUGGCUUGCGCUUGGCACUGAUCGAUUUGUUACCCUCAGACAGGGGAGUGUACACUGUGCUGGUGAAAAAUGAUGCAGGGACUGAUAGUGUUGCAUUCACCAUCGGUAUUCGGGGUAUGUGUUAAUUAAUUUGCCCUUCACUUUCUUUCUGUUAUUCGUGUGAUUUAUCUGCUUGCAGUGCCUUUCUGUCUGUCUGUCUGUCUGUCUGUCUGUUUGUCUUUCUGUCUGUCUGUCUGUCUGUCUGUCUGCCUGUCUGCCUGCCGCCUGGUUCUCUGUCUGCCUGGUUGCCUGGUUGCCUGCCUGCCUGCCUGUCUGCCUGUCUGUCUGUCGGACUGUCGGUCUGUCUGUCUGUCUGUCUGUCUGUUUGCCUGCCUGGUUGCCUGCCUGGUUGCCUGCCUGCCUGGUUGCCUGCCUGGUUGCCUGCCUGGUUGCCUGCCUGGUUGCCUGCCUGCCUGGUUGCCUGCCUGGUUGCCUGCCUGGUUGCCUGCCUGUCUAUCUGUCUGUCUGUCUGUCUGUCUGUAUAUCUGUCUCAGUGUUACCAAGUGCCCUCUACCCCAUCCGUAUUGCCCAGCGCCAUUUUGCGGAAUUUUUCAGCGUUUUCCGUACUCGUUUUUUUCUGGUCAACAUUCUCACUGAUUAUUAGUGUAAUUUGGAAAAAAACCAAUACACACACACUUGCACAUGCAUGUCCAUUGUCACACUGCACUUGCUGAAUUUCCUAUCAUUUCUCACCUGUAUAGUUUUUAUUACCUGUGCAAAAUUUUCCUAAGUUUGUGCUAUUUUUCUUACUAUUCUUGUAUCCUCGUCGUUUCACUCCAAGUGUAUAAAUCCUAUUGUAGUUUCAUCAUUCUCCUUAGUCACGGAUUCCAUGGAUAAUUGUGACAAGAAAACGUUCU